ACAUAAAUAAAUUUAUAUUUUUUUUUCUUUUAUUUUUAUUUUUAUUUAUUUAUUUUUUUUUUUAUAAUAAAUAUAAAAAUAAAUAAUCAAAAACUACUGUCUCAAUAAACAAAUAAAGAAAAUUACUUAAUCUAUGGGCGACACUUUCUUUGGUUUCAAUACCAAUUUACCGCCUUUAACGAAUGAAGAAUUUCGUGCAUUGGCUGAACAAGGCAUAGACAAAAAUAAGGAUUCAAAACAGACCGAGACUUAUGAUAAUGUAGAUGCUGACGUGUAUGAUUUUGCUGCUUUACGUCAAGAAUUCGGUGUUGAUGAAGACCAAGAAGAAAAUGAUGGUCUCGGUGAUCAACUUAUCGAAGAAGGUGAUGAUUACAAUGAUUUAACUUUUGGUGAUGAUCCUGUUGGACAAGACUUUGAUUUUUCUGGCAAUACACAACGUUUUACUGCCGGAAUUACAGAUGAAGAAGCCUUUUUCGUUAAACGUAAGCCGCAGAAUGAUCAACAAGCUAAACAAAGCUCUUUUCAUAAUUUUUGGUCAGCUACCCCAGUUCGUCAUGCUGGUAUAGGAAGAGGCUUUGGAGAAGCAUCUCCUAUUUCAUCUUCUAAAUCAAUUUGGGGCAAUUUUACCAGUGGCCUUUCUCCUGCUGAUAAUACAGGAUUUUCAUCUUUGUCUAGCAGUCAAAGUAAUUUAUCGCCAUUUUUGGUUGCUAACAGACAAGCCAUUCGUCCUCAACAGCAACCACAGCAAUCAUUUAUGGACGGUAUGUCACCUACUAUUUCUGCUGGUUUUCCUCAACAGCAGCACACACCUCAGCAACAACAACAACAACCAUCUCAUCAACUCCGUCCUGUUACUCUAGAAGAUAUCGAAGCUGAUAUUCAACGUCAACAGGCUGCUAAUCGUUACCGUAUGAAUAGCGAAUCCCCCUUGAUGAAUGGUAAGCCAUUAAGUUUAGCUGAUCUGGAAGCUGCCCUUACAGCUGGUAAUCCUCGUUCUCAACAGCAAAUGCAACAACAAACAUCUGAACAUGGUAUGUCUCCCUUUGGUUUCGGUCAACCAGAUCCCAUACAGAUUUUAGCCAUGAAGCAACAACAGGAAUUGAAGGAACAACUUUCUAUUGCUAGAGAAUUGAAGCGUAGGGAAUUGCAACGCAAGUCUCAAUAUGAUGGCCUCAUGACACAGCAUGAUAAGGAUCUCGUCAAUCGAAUUCAACUCUCUCAAUUGGCAUCUGGUGAUCCUUAUGCGGAUGAUUUCUAUUAUCAAGUUUACACUUCACUCCGUCAAAGUGCUGGCUUACCUUUGCAACCUACGAUGAUGACGCAUAAUAGUAAUACAAAUGAAAAUGGUCGUAGUAAUGGUCGUGGUCGUCGUGAUGAGAAUAUGAUGCAACGUAUGCAACAACAGUUACAACGUAUUGUGAAUGAAGCUAAGCGUCGUCCUAAGCAAACUCAAGUUUCCUUGGAAGGCGCUUUGGGUAAGAUUACUUCAUUAACAGUACGUAAUCCACGUCAGGUAUUGCAAGUACCUCAAACUUCCGGUGGCAGCAACCAUAUCUCUUCUUCUGAACCAAACACACCUAAAUCUGACCAUGUAACUAACUCUCUUAGUGCUUCUUCAGCUUCUCCCGGUAUCAUAGAUAGACGUCAUGUUCUUAAGAUUAUUGAAGAUAUGUACAUCAUUGUUCUUGAAUUAGAACAAAUGCGCCGUUGUGGUCCACAAUUCUCUUCCUCUACUGAAGAAGAAGGAGAGGAGAAAGAUGAUUAUAAGGAUCCUGUUGAUGCCUUUAAUGAAAAAUAUGCAGCUCGUGUUGAAAAGCUUUGGAAAGCAUUACGUUUAACCGAAACUGCUGAGGUCCCCUUUGUGAUCUCUAUGCUUGGCAUUGCGAAGGGUAAAAAAUUAAUGCCACGUAUCAUACGUCAAUUAAAUCAUGAUCAAGACUUGACUCUCUUGACUACGGUGAUCGGGCAUUUUACUAAAUUACAAGUUUGCCGUUAUGUUAUCUAUCCUGGUACAACUGUUGCUAAUGUAGAUGAAGCAAAGAAACAAUUAUUUGUUACAUUUGAAGAUGUAGAACUCUUUAUGAAUACAGCUGCACCCCCUCUUUUGGCAUUUAUUGCAGAGGCACCCUUACGUAUUAUAGAUGGAUUACUUCAAUUCAUGUUGGAUAAGAAUGAUAUUCUGAUGAUUGCUCAAACAAAGCCAGGCUUAGCCUUCUUGACUAUGCUCUUAUCCCGUGCAGAAAUUUUAAAACAAGGUGGAGGAUCAUUACAAGGCUUACCACCUCCUACACCAGAAGAAAUUAGCCGUUGGCAGGAACUCUAUGGCAAUCUCUUCAAUUCUCUUAAAGGUCGUUAUCUUGCUAUAUUCCCUUCAUUAUAUUACUUGGUUCCACUUAAUCCUAAUACACCUAUGAUGCAAUUAUCUCUUGCUGUGGAUGAUAUGUAUGUAUGGCAAUUCUUGGCUGCAAUGGCUGUAGGUGCUUCAAUGGAUCAACAACAUAUUUUAGUUACAGAAGUCAGGGAUCGAGUCAUGGAUAAUAUUGUACUUGCAAAGAGAAAUCGACUUCCUCUUGAACAAGCUAGCCAUCGUAUUUCUAAUGUUAAUUUGUUUUUGCAUGCUUUGGGUCUUGAUGCAUCUCAAGUUUCCAUUCCUUUGUAAAUCUUUCUUUUUUCCUUUUAUACACUACAUUUUUUUUUUUUUUUUUU